CCUGGCGCCGGAAGAGAAGCGGGUCUCUUUGGGGCCGGCCAUCUUGUGUGGUAUCGCGAGCAGGGGGCUGGGGCCUGGGCAGCAUCGGAGGAGGAUCCCGCCGAGAGGGGCCCAUCAUGCCCGGACACCUGCAAGAAGGGUUCGGCUGCGUCGUCACCAACCGCUUUGACCAGCUCUUUGACGACGAGUCGGACCCCUUCGAGGUGCUGCGGGCGGCCGAGAGCCGGAGGAAGGAGAGCGGCGGCGGCGGCGGGAGCCAAGGGGGCGGCGGCGGCGGGGCCCGCAGCGGGCAGGCGGCCCAGGCCAACUCCUCUGGCGGGGUCGGCAGCGGGGGCUCGGGCCAGGCUGGGGGAGGCGGCGGCAGCAGCAGCGCGGCCAAGCAGCUGCGCAGGGAGUCACAGAAAGAGCGCAAGAACCCGCUGCCCCCCUUCGCUGCCUCGCCCGGGGGCGCCGGCGACCGCAGGGAGGAGGGCAGCGGGCAGCCCGCCGCGCCGCUUAGGAAGGAAGGUAUAAGACGAAUUGGCAGACGGCCUGAUCAGCAGCAGCAGCAGCCGCCUCAGGGUGAAGGCAAGCCUAUUGAGAGGAGACAAGAGAGACGACCGCCUCGUGAACGCCGAUUCGAUAAACCUGCUGAAGAGAAGGGUGAAGGAGGGGAAUUUUCUGUGGAUAAACCCGUUAUUGACCGACUUGUGCGUGGUCGUGGUGGUCCAGGCGGAAGAGGUGGACGUGGUGGUCGUGGACGUGGAAUGGGCAGAGGAGAUGGCUUUGACUCCCGUGGCAAGCGUGAAUUUGACAGACAUAGUGGAAGUGAUAGAUCUGUUCUCUCACAUUCCCAUUUCAGUGGCCUAAAGCAUGAGGAUAAACGUGGUGGCAGCGGAUCACACAACUGGGGAACCGUCAAAGAUGAGCUAACUGAUUUGGAUCAGUCAAACGUGACCGAGGAAACACCAGAAGGAGAGGAACACCCACCUGCUGAUUCUGAGAAUAAAGAGAAUGAGGUGGAAGAGGUUAAGGAAGAAGGCCCAAAAGAAAUGACCCUGGAUGAAUGGAAAGCUAUUCAGAAUAAGGAUCGUGCAAAAGUUGAAUUCAACAUCCGUAAACCAAAUGAGGGUGCUGAUGGGCAAUGGAAAAAAGGAUUUGUUCUCCAUAAGUCAAAGAGUGAGGAGACAAAGGGGAUGACAGAAAUGCCGGGGAGUCCGCUGGAGUCUAAUGAGGCUCAUGCUGAAGACUCUGUAAUGGAUCAUCACUUCCGUAAACCAGCAAAUGAUAUUACGUCCCAGCUGGAGAUCAAUUUUGGAGACCUUGGUCGCCCCGGACGUGGUGGCAGAGGCGGUAGAGGUGGCCGGGGGCGUGGUGGAAGGCCCGGGCGUGGAAGCAGAACUGACAAGUUGGUGAAGGAGUUUGACGUGAUCCACACACCCAAUCAGUCAAGUGCUUCUGCUCCUGAUGUAGAUGACCCAGAGGCUUUCCCAGCUCUGUCCUAAACUGGAUGUCAUAAGCCACCUCUGCCCCCUCGGUGGGCCCUCCUCUACGAGGCUUGCAUGCUUAAGGAUCCUAAACAACUAAGAAAUUUAAAAAUGAGACUGUCAUUCAUACCAUUCACACCUAAAGACUGAAUUUUAUCUGUUUUGAAAAUGAACUUCUCUCGCUACACAGAAGCAACAAUAUGGUAGUCAGUUUUGUAUUUAGAAAUGUAAUGGUAGCAGGGAUGUUUUCAUAAUUUUUUCAGAGAUUAUGCAUUCUUCAUGGAUACUUUUUUGUAUUGCUGCUUGAAAAUAUGCGUUUCCAAACUUGAAAUAUAGGUGUGAACAGUGUGUACCAGUUAAAGCUUUCACUUCAUUUGUGUUUUUUAAUUCGGGAUUUUAGACGUUUUCUCCAAACUACAAACUGGUUUUUAAAUAUUGCACACUAUUUCUGUUUCCUUUAAUACCUACUUAGCAGAUUUUUAUCAACCCAUGGUCAGUUGGGAUACGUAGAAUUUAAUUUGGCAAAUUGUUAGUACCAUGUUAGUACCAUGUGGAAUACUAUUCUGGAAUACUUUAAUUUAGUUUUUAAUACUUAAUUUCAGACUUGGAAAAACAGUCAUUUUUCAUCUAUCUUUGGUAGUUUGUUGUGUAUGCAGAAUCUUUAUACAAAGUUGAUAUCAAAUACUUGAAAAAUAGUCAAAGCACAUUGGUUUUUGGUCAAGUACCUGCAUAUUGAUCCAGCAGUGAUGUGCAGAUGAUUGGUCUAAAAAGUUUUUUAAAAUUAUAUUACACCUUUCACUCA